UGCAAGCGCAACCUUAAAUGCUGUGAUCACCGAUUUCUCUUUUUGUUGAAAAAGACUCUACCAAAGAUUUCCAUCAUGUUUGAGAUCUUUACAAGAAUGAGACCCCUUCUGUCAUCAGCUUGCCGGAUGUGUCAUCACCAUUCUGCUGUCAAAGGAGUUUCUUUCUUUGGAUCCAUGGCCAGCUCACUACAGGCCUCCCUCUUCAAGCCCACACUUCAGUCCGUGCGCAGUAUCACUAUCAAUCAGCUUCAUAGACGGGGUCCCUUCCGCAGGAAGCCAAACCCCAAUAUGACUUUUGCGAUGGACAAGCGCCCUCAGAUGAAGGGGGUGGUACUGAAGACCCUCAUCCGCAAGCCCAAAAAGCCUAACUCUGCCAACAGGAAGUGUGCCAAGGUGAGGCUAAGCAAUGGUCGGGAGGUGGUGGCCUUCAUCCCAGGGGAAGGGCAUAACCUCCAGGAACACAACAUCGUCUUGGUGGAAGGUGGCAGGACGCAGGACUUGCCUGGUGUCAAACAUACCGUCAUCAGGGGAAAGUAUGACUGUGGACAUGUUAUCAAGAAGAAAUGAACAAUCCACCAUCUAGUGUAGUGGACUUUACAGCAUGUUCGGACACAAGGAAAGAGUAUCAAUGUGUUGAAAGUUGGAUCAAAUUUCCUAUGCACAGAAGGACAAGGAAAGAUCAAGCAGUUGAAGCGUUAGGGGUACACUUGGGCAAUAAUGCCAAUAAGUGGCUGGGGGUAAUUGUAUACCUCAUGCAGAGUGUCUCUCUCAUAUGAACAUGAAUUUAAGCUCUCCAAGCCCUAAAUAGGGUUGAUACCACUGAUACAUUUUGAUAUUUAUAUCUCAGACUUGGCAUAAAGGGUGUGUAUGGAUCAUAUGACGCUUGUAAUAUCAAUCAUACCUGACAAGAUGUUUGUACUGAUUUGAAUACAUGUAGUUUCAAAUUUAUUCGAAAAAUUGCAUUAGUAAUUUAUUAAUUACACUAUAUUCCAAGAAGUUUGAAUGAGUAGUGUAAUGUGACACAAAUUACAUGACAUUAAUUAAUCCCUGUAUUAAAUUGAACAAUUCACCUAUCUUUAAUGGAAACCAGUAUAGGAGACAUGUUAUGAGAUAAUCAGUCUAGAGAUGUCGACUCAUACUCUCUAAUUGUGCUCGUCAUUAUGUGAGAUGUGCUUUAGCUGUGUGAUCACUAUCAAGACUCAAAAGUCCUUGUUUUGUAUGAUGAUUCAGAAUUAAUUUUGAAUCAAGGUUUGGUGCUAGGACCAUUUGUUAAAGCAGCUUUCCUCAGUGUACCAAGACUUUGUUGUGUUAGCUAAAAAGAGGCCAGAAUAUUUUUUUUCUCACUUGUGUCGGUCUUCUCUAACAAUGAGUAAAAAAUGCUAUUGAGCUGAAGUUUGAACUUCUGCAUAUGAGCCCUAAAUAGCUGCCUUUGAGGUACUUUACAGGCUUUGAUCCGCAUACAAACAUUGUAUUUAUUUCCUUUUUCUGCAAUUGCUCUGCCCAAAUCCGAUUAUAUAGUCGGACAAAGCUUCAAAUUAAAAUCGGGUUCAAGAUACGUAAAUUAAGCUUGUCUUAAAAUAAUGAGGGGUGGCAACUCAAUGUACUGUAGAAUUUUUUUUCACAUGAUAUUUUGGGGCCCUGAUAGCAAUGCUCUAUUGAAUUUACACUACAGCAUCUCUUUGGUUCUUUGAUGGUUCUCUGUUGGGUUGCGACCCUGGAAGUGUGAAACUGUCGAAAGUUGUUUCCAACAAAAAUGCCCCCUACAAAUAUUUGAGUAGUUUUGCUUUGUGGAUAUAAAGAGGGAUCUGAUCAUAUGUCAUAUUGAACUCUGUUGUGAAAGCAAUAAUUUCUGAGCUUAGAUGGUUGUAUUCAAGGCUUUGUAAAAUGUUUCAACUGUACUCUUGUCAGUUAAUGAUGAGACACUAUAGCAUCUCUUUGAUGGUUCUUUGAUGGUUCAACUGCAAGUGAAUAGUUUAGACAGGUCCUUUGUUUAGACUUGGCAUUAUUCAAUAUGUCUGACAAGAUAUUCAACCUGUGCUUGAGACCCUUUGAGCUGUCCAAUUCAUUUAGCCUUUUAUGUUUCAUAUCAAAACGAAUUUAAUAUACGGGUACAUGUUAGUUUACAUGUGUAUGUAACAUACAUUACAUACUAUAUGUACCCGUAUAUAAGUGAUAAAAAGAAACCGUUCAUGCAAGUUUUGAUUAACAACAUUAUCAUCAUGCAAUGGUGUUUGUUACCUAAAGAUUUUGAGGAUUAUACUGAACCACUAACUUGAGUGAUAUUAUUCUUGUCAUUAAUGAUCUAGUAUUGCAAUAAGUCGUGUACGAUGUGUAUCAUGGCAUUUUUAUGAAUGAAUAAAUUACUUCCAGAACAUA